AUUGGGUCCCAUAGAAAAAUCGCCAGACGUUCCCCAGCCUCAAGAAAUUACCCAUUGCGGGUGGGGGCGCCCCUUUUUUCGGGGUGAAUGUCAGACACGCACCCAAACAAACCCACCCCCCAGUGCGCCGCCCGCUGUGGGCCGCCACGCACACGGAUGAUGUGAGAUUUUCCGGGCGGCCCUCUUCGGUUUUUCCGACCCAGACAACGCACACAAAAACACCCCAGUCGUCUCGCCCCAAACCACCCUCCGUCGCCCAUUUCCACCCACGCCAGACAGACUGCGUCACGCACCCGAAACCCACCCCAGGGCGCAUUUCCGUGGCGUCGACAAAAGCUCUCUCCGGCCUUCCUCGAAAAAGCUCCUGAGGAGUUCGAAGCACUUGCCUCGUCCUUUGCCCCGGAUGUGUGUGUGUGUGAGUGUGUGCGGCGCGAGUGUGUUUGUAGUCUGCCACCCCCAAAAUGGGGUUAACGCACCUUAAAUUGUCGGCGCCUCCAGACUGAUGGGCUGAGGGCGAAAGAAUGAGGCGAGAGAGAGAGAAUGAGGGCCAUUCACUUGACUUUUCCCCGAGCCAUGAAAAACGAGAAAAACCACCCUGUACAGGCGUAAGCACGGAGUUUAGGUAUAAAGAGAGAGAAAAUCCAUUAAAAUAAGACAAGAAAGAUGCACUUGCAAGGAGAGAGAUUUCCAUAUCAUCAAUAUUUGCUGUACGGUUUGAGAAUGCACAUGAGAAAUUGUCGAAAAAAUGCCUUCGCACUGUAUAGACAUUCCUAGCUUGGCAACCGGCGAUAGGGACGUCAAAUUCACAGAUAAUUUCAAAAAUUUCUUCAACAAACACCCCACAACGCGAGCAUCCAUUGCAAUUGAUACAAGACACGACAAAAGAAAAUUCAACGGAAAGUCCACAGACAUCCUAACCUAUUUUUUCAUCCCCUUUCCAACUAGGUGAAGUGAAAAUUCUUUUAUUUAUUUGCUGUGAGGCGAUAAAUCUGCGCGCGAGAGACAGACUAAAUUCAGUGUACCCAGUGGUAAAAAAAAACGGACAAAAACAUUUGAGAGGACACGUCAUAGUGGGAGGACACUGCUAAUCAUCCCCAUCAAUCCCAUUCUCCGGACGAAAAUCUGUGGACGAAAGGAAGAAAUCUCCACCAUUUCACUGUGAGCGACAGUGAAAUUUGUCUUAUAUGGAUAGCUGGACGGGGAACGCCCGACUGGCGAGAUUUUUAUAUUAAGCAGCGUAAGCUGUCACCGACAUGGGCAGUGAGCACUACUGCUUGAGGUGGAACAAUCAUCAAUCCAACCUGUUAGGGGUGUUCAGCCAAUUGCUGCAGGACGAGAGUCUGGUGGACGUUACACUAGCGUGUUCCGAGGGCGCCUCCAUCAGAGCCCACAAGGUAGUCCUGUCGGCUUGCUCAUCCUACUUCCAAAGUUUAUUUCUGGACCAUCCUGCCAGACAUCCAAUUGUGAUAUUGAAGGACGUUCGCUUCGCCGAAUUGAGAACACUCGUGGAAUUCAUGUACAAGGGUGAGGUGAACGUGCAAUAUUGCCAGUUAUCAGCACUUCUCAAGACGGCCGAGUCUCUAAAGGUGAAAGGUUUGGCAGAGAUGACAAAUCAGAGCACAGCUCCUCGGGAAUCUGAGAGAGACGCAGACCGCUUACGAUCCCAUUCGAGUAUUCCGCUGAAAUCGGAGCAUUCAGACACAAUUCCCACGUCCCCGCUCAAGACCACGCUCAGCACCUUGGCGACGUCCGGCGGGGUGUCUGGGUCCAGCAGCCGGGAGCAGCAGGGAUCUGGCGAGAGGGGGACGCCGUCGCCCACGGCGCUCAGGCACCAUCUGUCGUCGUCGCCGACUCCGCUGGCACUCUAUGGGAGUCGCCGCGCGCCCAGGGAUCACCCGGACAGGCCGCCCUCCAUGGAGGUGACGAUGGAGGACGAGCCGCUGAGGCUGUCCACGCAAUCCACGACCGCCACGACCACCACCACCACAGUCACCUGUCUCCCUGCCGAAGAGCGCCCCACCUCGCCGGACGACGACGACGAGGAUGACCACAUGAUGCAGUCGAACGACGUUGGUCUCAAUAUGACGCUCAACUCGACCGUUCCGGCGACAUCCUCCAUUGUGAUCCCCGCUGCGUCCUUGUCCUCGUCCGAGGUGAGGCCGGCAUCCCGCGGCGGCCACACCACGGCCACCUGCAUCUCCAGCAGCAACAGCAGCGGCGGAGGCGUCGGGCCUCCGUCUCAGGUCAGUCCCAGCAUGCCGGAGCCGAUCGCGGGCCCAUCGGGCAUGGGUCCCGUGCAGCAGGUGCCACUGUCGUUGAAGAAGGAGAUCGACUGGGAUCGAGGAGACGACAAGGACAGCUCAUCGUCAGACUAUCGUCACUCCCACGAAUCAAUCGAAGACAGUGCUAUUCCAAUAUUCGGAACAUCAUUACUCAGUGGCGGAGCCCUAGGAGGACCCAGUCGCUGCCCGACUCCGUUUGCAUUCCCCUUCGCGCCACUUGGCUUGGGCCUCUUCGACGCCGACCCAUCCAGAAUGCUCAGCUUCUUGCACCAUCACCAGUCCUUGCUUGCAGAGGAGGCUCUAAGAUAUCGCGGUCUCUUUAUGAACCCCAAAGAUUCAACCAACAUUCGAUUCAAUCCUCUGGCUGAGAUGUUUUCGAAGGAGCAGGAGUUGCUGCUGAAGCGCGCAAACUUUUUCAAGAACACCUUCCGAUACCCUCUUCACGCCACUCCGGACAUUUUUGCCUCUACCUCAGCGUCCAGCUCAAAAGACGGAGCCUCAACUUCCAAGGACGAUCGACGCAGUGCGACCACCACCUACGGGCAGUCCAAGGAGAGCCAGUCCAGUCACCGUUCCUUCCACUCACCCACCGCAGACAAGGUGGUGGAGAAGUACGACUUAACCAAACCUCCAACUCCCACCGAGAGCUUUCCGGGCAGCUCCAAGGAUAUACUCGAUGACAUCCUCCACAAGCGCAGUGGAAACUACCUCAAGGAGAGUUUCCGGUUCAAUCCACUGAGCGGAUCAGACCGUCGAGCCAUGAGUCCCAAGGACAAGUCCUCCUCCUCGACAUCCUCAUCUCCAGCCAUCAAGCCCAUUCCGGAAACUCUGCUGCUGCAGGAUGGCACAACCAUUGAAGAAGAGACCAAAUGCACCGUCUGCAUGGCCACAUUUCCAUCCGUGUGGCUCCUGGAACAGCACGCAGCUCUUCAGCAUGCCGGAAUAGGCGCCAUGGAGGAGAAGCCCUUUAUCUGCGAACAGUGCGGCCAGUCCUAUCGCUACCGCUCCGCCUAUGUGAAGCACAGAGAGCAGAAUCAUCGCGCCAGGUUGCCCGCUGAUAAGCUGUUCACGUGCGAUGUCUGUGGCAUGCAAUUCCGCUACUUGAAGUCCUUCAAGAAGCACCGACUCAACCACGCUCUAGAGCGCCUGCACGGGAAGAAUGAGAAGAAAUACGGAAUGGAGUUGGGCACAGAGGUCGUGACAAGUUCCAAUGACGACGACAACGAGCUGAAGAUCACGAUCAAGGAGGAGGAGGAUGAGGAGGACCAGGAUGACACUGUGGACUCUGCCGGGGGAAAUUUGUGCAAUACCGAUCCGUCAGCUGAUGGAGACAUUGUGGUGCCCAAGAUCACCAGCUCUGCUGAGACGAUCGAGUAUCCAUCAACCAACAGUGGAUCUGCGAUGAACGAAAGGGAGGUAAGACAGUUGAGCAGUCAUCAGUCUCACUCUUUACACACCUUCCUCAUAGAAAUUCAACCUUCCUUUGCAGGAUCACUUGCUGAAGAAGCGCAUGGAAGUUUGCGCUCUGCCCACAACCUCAGUCAAUUCCCUCCUCACUGCCGAGCGGAUCCCCAGCGACCAGGCACUGGGUCUCAAUCCCCAGGAGGCUUCGAUUCUCAAUUUCCUGCGCGUGGACGCCGCCGAGAGGCAGCGCGAUCGCCGCUUCGCGUGUCCCUUCUGCGGCAAGUGCGUGCGCUCGAAGGAGAACCUAAAGCUCCACGUCCGGAAGCACACGGGCGAGCGCCCCUUCGUCUGCCUCUUCUGCGGCCGCGCCUUUGGCGGCAAGUCCGACCUCACGCGCCACCUGAGGAUCCACACCGGGGAGAGACCAUACCACUGCGAGGCGUGCGGAAAGUGCUUCGCGCGAGCUGACUACUUGUCCAAGCACCUCACCACGCACAUCCACAAUUCGCCACGCUGAGAUGAGGUCCGGCGACGCCGCAUCCUCGGCGCUCGCAGGUAAUAUCGUGACCAGCAGCAGUGGUGGACACAGAUCGCACAAAUGUUCAAUGCACAGGACCCGAACAACUCUCCUCAGUCACACCAUCAACCCUAGAUCACUAUACCAAAAUUCACCAUCAACUUAGGACGAUAUGAUUCAAAGCAAUAAUUUACCAAGUGUAGACUCUUACCGUUUCUGCUCAAGAUGAGUCCCUCCCGGGAGAUAGAAGGACUGUUGUCAAUGGAUUGUUGGGUGGGCGAAGCCGGAAGUAAACGAUAGACGGGAUUGUAGUUACGGAGGGGUAGAAUAUCACAAAGUUAUCAGUGAAACAUCCGACUUAAUAGGAAACAGUGGCAGAACAUUUUUCUAACAAUAGAAUAGAAAUAUUAGUCAGUGACAACAUAAGAAAAAAGGCUACACACAAUUAAGGAAUGUACACGUAAAAGAACAGCAUAUUUCCACAUGACAAUUGAGAACUUCUUCGUCAUCAGUUUAUUAUUAUUUACUUGUAUUCGGCUCGAAACACCACAAAGUUAGUUAUUUAUUCGACUCAGUGAUUUUAUUUUUUCACAACAGUAUGCAUAAAAGAUAAUCCAAUGAAAUUGGAAUGAUUAACCAAAAAUAUGGAUACGCAGAUUGAGUUCAAAGUGAUGAUCAUGUAUCGAUGUCCAGUUCUUUUACGAGUGCAAUUCAACAAAGAGUAACGAGAUAAUUUGGUUUCAACUUCGAAGUAAAAACUUUUUACAAGAGAAGCAUAAACAAACAGUUUUUCCGCAAUUAAUGUCUGUGAUUUAACCAUUAAUAAAACAAGUGAAAUAAUUGUAAUAGAUUCAAUUCUAUUCUCUAUUGCUGUGCGUGAGUGAGAUGAACGUGUAAAAUCGAAAACAUACCCACACCAGAAACAACGAAUAAUAAUUUUCCUUAUCGCGCGAUGACCAUUGUGAUGGUGACCACAAAUGAAAUCAUUUCGAGCAUCGAAUUGCAUAAAAGGAUCCAUUCAGUUUUACUCCUCAUUCCCUUAGGAAAGAAUUUAAAAAAAAUGGAAAUAAAAUUAGGAAUAUGACAACGCGAUAAAGUGUAAUGGAAAUAAUAAGCACUGUGCCAAAAUAUCUGUACCUCUCACACGCAAACGAUAUUGAAAAGGUACACCUCAUCGUAAUGGAAAGAUUAGAACUUGUAGCUAAAAAGUUAAAUUUUCUCAAAAAAAAAUUGCAUCAGUGUCUGCAUUAUAAGUGUCUAGGAAUAAAUAAAAAAAACACACAAAAUUGAAAUUUUAAUUGUCAAUUUUACACUCCCGAAGAAGAUAUAUUGAAAAAUGUCUAUUUUUCUCCUCAUUCCGUGACAUCACACAAACUUUAAACCUUUAAAGAAAAAAAAAUUACCCCGGAGAAAAUAUAGUUCAUGCGUGUAUAAAUGAAUAAGUCGAAAGGAAAUGCAAAGAAAUCCACAGAAACUAUUGUACAAAAAUUAUCAUGAAAUAAAAGAUGAAAAGUAAAAUUCAUUCGCAGAUGAAAAGAAGAAAUAUAAACAAGCAAUACGAUGUUUUCGGUGUUUAAAUAUUACCUAAUGAAAAAAAACGCAACUAAAAAGCUAGGAUAUGAGAAGUAAUUUGAAAAAAAAAAUUAUAUUUAGAGUUUAAAUGGCAUAUAUAUUGAACAAGAAAAGAAGAUAUUUGUGAGCGCCAGAAAUAUUUUUCACAUUUUCACAAUUAUAAAUGUCCAAUUUUCUAUAUUACCAGAAAUGACGAAAGAUGAGUGACAAGAUGAAGAAGAUGAAUUAGAUAUUAAACUAAAUGGUUGACACGCAAUUCAACGGAGUGAUAUAUUACUAUGAAAUGAAAAUUAUAUUAUAUUUAUAUAAUUGAGUGUAAUUUUAAGAAAGCUAUAUAUACAUUUGAGAAACAGAAGGAAGGAUGAGAGCAGCGAAGUCUAGUGCACACAUUUUAUAGGUGUAAAUAAGUGGGAAAGAGGUUUGUUGGCGAAGAUAGACGAAGGAUGGGAAAGAAAGAGCGAAAGUUAGAGCAAAAAUUAUUAUUGAAACACUUUCUAUACAUGUUCCUAUAUUGUGUGAAAGGAAUUGACGAUGGACGAAAUGAUGAAGAAAACAUAGGUAAAAUAUUUGUACAUAGACUUAUAUAAUUGGUGUAAUUAUGUGUAGUGAAACUUAAAAAUUUAAGAAAAUCCCAGAAACUCUUUUAGAUAUUUCGUGAAAAUUGCACAACAUAUUCCCAAGUGGUGGAAAGCUGAUAUUGAAAAGUUGUUCUCAUGCCAGAAUGACAAAUGCUUGGGAUGUUAAUUUUAAUCUUUGUGAAAUUUUCGAAAUUAUUCUUGAUUGAGGUGAAGAUUAAAAAGAAAAAAAAAGAAAUUUGAGUGAAAUAUAAGAUGAAAAAAUCAAAUUUGGAGGGAUAUAGACUUGGUAGUUAAAUCAAUUUCAUUAUCUUACCCAAUUAAAAGAGUAUAUUCCUUCAGUAUAUUGAUAUAGACAAAUUAUUUCCUAAAAAGAAAAACACUUCUUGCAAAAGAAAUAUACUUUUCCUUUUGUCUAUGUAAUCACUCAGUGAAUGGAUGGAUGAAAAACAACAACAAACGAAGACAUAAUCAACGAAUAAGAAAAUAUUGAAAAUGAAAACUAGUAAAAGAGAAAAUAUUGAUCUAUAUUUUUGGGAAUUAGUUUUCAAUUGACUUCAAGUUUCAUUUCAUAGUGAAAAAGGAAGUGACAUUGUACAUGAAAUAUGGGUCAAAGGUUUCACAAAAUCGAAAAGAAAAUAAUCCCAGACACAUUGCAUUUUCUUUUCAAUGGCAAUUGACUUGAACAACAAUCACGAGAAAUUUUCAAUCAAAACUGCAAAGUAUAAGUCUUUUGGAAUUCACAUUAAUUUCUAUUUGAGAUAAAAAUGAAGCACAACUACAAGAUAUUUGUGUAAAAUCACAGAGAAAGAAGUCACACUAAAUCUUCUUCUAUAUUGCUAUAGUGAUAAAAAUUCAAUAUUUGUAAUUAGAAAUUAAAAAUAUUUGCAUAAAAAUAUUAUUAUACAUAAUGACUAUUGAAUUAAUAUCGAUGUUAAUUGUCAUACUUUAAAAUACAAAAGAUAUUUGGUGUUGUGACUAACAUUUUAACAUAUGUGUGUUCAAAAGAACUUCUAUAUUAUAUGGAAAAAUUACAAAAAAAAAUUGUAUAAUCAUAGGAAAAGAAAGAAUUAUAUUUAUUUUAAUUUGAUAAGAGUGAAGUUUUCAUUGUAUUAGGUCUUUGAAAUUAGUUUUCUCAUCACAUUUUCUAUGAAUUUAGGUCGAGAUAAAGUAUUCUGUGUUCCUUGAUAUGCCAGCUAAUGAAAUUCAAAGAACAAAAAAACGUAUUUUCAUGAUAAACAUUUCAAUAGAAACGUCCAAACAAUAUAAAAAUAUUUUUCCAUGAAAUCUAUGUAAUGUUUCACAUCAAGUACUGCGUGACAUUAUCCUUCUUUUAUACAGACGCGAGAAAAGAAAAUGUUCAACGAUACUGAAAGGAGUAAAUUUUUCAAUUUUUGUAAUAAUUGACAACCACAAGUCAGAUACACCGGACAGAAGUGAUAGGAAAAUGUAGGCGAAGAACGAUAAAGAGAAUGGCGAGAUUAGGAAUGUUUUAAUGAGAUAUAUUAUGAGAUAAGAAAAUGAACAAUUUGAACGAAGAAUGUGAUAUUUUUAACAAGUAAAAAAUAUUAAAUGAACACUAGAGUGGAUUAUAGUAAGAUUGAGAAGUAAUAUUUUUAAAACGAGACUGAUUAUAAAUAGAAAAGAAAAAAAAUACAUACAAAGAUGAUUAAAAAAUUUACCCCGAUCCUCCCUUCACGACAUUUUGAAGAUCUCAUUGAUUUUCUUUUAGACUUUUCGAGGGAAUGUCAGUUUUGUGUUUUUGCAGUAAAAUCGUUGCAAUGAAUUUUUGAUUCAGUUGAAGUUCAGAAAGUGUUGCGAAUGUGAAAAUCUCUUGUUUCCAUUUGGGUUAGUCAGGAGUUUUCGCAUCUCUUGCAUGUAGCAACUAAUUCUUCAUCUUAACUCUUGUUAUGGGUCUUGAAAUGAAUACCUCUCUUUCUAUGUGUCUAUGUAUAAAUAUUCAUGUAGAUACUUUUGUGGCACAGAAAUGAUCAUAAAUAGGUUCAAGAGAAAACUCACACAUUCAAUAGAAUUUUUCCACAAGAACAGCAAUAUAACUAUUCUGAGAACAUUGCAUGAAAUAACCUCAGAUUAACCGGUGCUAUUAUUACAACAAAACUAUGUGAUACAUUGUUAUAUGAAGGAUUUCUUUUUAAUUACUUGAAACUCCCUCCAAUUCUCUUAGUUCUCAUCCGAUUUUUUGAUUAAUUUUGUGAGAAAACGAUUUUUUUUCUUCAGAAAUCAACUCGUUCUUCUGUUUUUAUUCUUACUAAAUAAACUUCGAUAAAAAAACACACACUCGUUGUCUAUAGAGGUGAAAGAGAAAAAUAUAAACAUGAAAAUAUAAAACACUCGACUCAAAAUUUGCUUUUGGUGUAUGUGAACUAAAAAAAGAACUUGAAAACUCGAAAAAAAUUAUCAAUAUGUAUUUUAGCAAAAUUAAAAUUUGGUGUUUAUGGCUAUAAAAAUUCGAAAAAUGUCUAGAAUUAAAAAAAAACAUAAAUCCAUGUAUUCCAAAUGUAUUAAAAAGUCAUGAAAAAAGUAAUAUAGUCGAUGUGUGUUUUACCUUGUCUCACUUAUAAAUUAAACAAGAAAUUAAGCAAAAAUAAGUGUCCCAUCAAAAUUUUUGCAUUGCAUAACUACUUGAUGAAGAGAUGCACUACCACCACAAUAUCUAUUAAUUAAUAUUAAAUUAAUUACAAAAAAAAAUAUAUUGUAAUCACAAUAUUUCUGUGUUGUAAAAUUUGUUAAGCAAAGAAGAGAAAAAAAGAAAUAAAAAGUGCAGCAUAAAAUAUUAGUGAAGUGAAAAAUAAGAAUAUUAAGUGUACAACUUUAGAAGUAAUCUUAUUAAAAUGAUAUAAAAAUAUAUAUUAAACAAGGAGAAAGUAUUUAGAUGAAAAAGAAACACAAUGGAUGCCUGCCAAUAAAAACCGUACCAACAUUUUUUCGUUCUCUAAACAAUUAAAGAAAAGGAAGUGUGACGAAAGAAAUAUACCAAUAGUUUUAUAAAAUAUUUGAGUAUGAAACGAGAAUUAUUGUAUGAUAACACACCAGCAAACAAAGAGAGUAAUUUCUACGAUUUUUUAAACAUAACAAAUCACCCACAACAACCGCCAAUAAAACUAUACAAUUUACUAUAUUUAAAUAUCUAUUUUUAACAGAUAUUUAUAUUAAAUUAAGCAAAUGAAUGGAAAUAGAGGUGGAAAGGAAGAUAUUUUUCAUUACUGUAUAAAUUUAUGAUAAGGAGAAUCAGAAAGUUUUAUUUAUAUAUUUCAGUAAUAUAUUUACUUUUUCUAUUCUUAGUGACAAGGACAGUGAGAAUUUGUAACAAAAAAAAAGAAAUGGUGAGAGAUGGACAAAGAAAAUAGAGAAAAGUGUAAAUUAAGAUUAUUGUAUUUAGUAGGCAAACAAUCGAAGGAAGAGGAAUGAUGAUGGAAUCAAUCGAUUUAGCAAGUUAGCCAACGGUGGGGGAACACGUUAUCAAUAAUUUUACACAAAAUUCUAAUGUAAAAAGCUUUUGUUUUGCUCUGUUUUAUUUCUUCUUUUUAUAUUUUACAAUUAUUGGCGAAAAUCUGGCUCUGGUAUCUGCAAUUUUAUCAGCAAUCAUAUAAAUUAAGUUGUAGAAAAAUAAGUGAUUAUUGAGAAAAAAGGAAACAUUAUGAACCACGCAUUUCAUACAACGCAAUAUUUUCUAUAAUGACGAAACAAAUGGCGUAACUUUAAAGCAGAGAAUAUUUUUUAAAUAAAUCGAUCAGAAUUAUUAGAAGAAAUGUAAUACAACACAAUAUGUAUACAAACUCAGGAAGACCAAAACCCAAAACUUAUUUGCCACAUAAGCAGUCAAUUGUUUAAAAGAUUCCUCUGUAAUGAUAUUUCUAAAAAAAAAAGUGAACUGUUAUAGAUUCUUUUCUUCAUAGAUCUCCUUCACUAUUUUCUCUUUAUCUUUCAUAUAUUGUUUGAUUUUUGAACAGCGCGAAAAGAAUUGAGGAUGGAUUUUUGAUGAUGGAAGGAUAAACAAGAAAUUCUACAACUCAAUAGCAAUAAUUAACUAAUUAAUAAGUGUUUAGGAAGCAGAUUUAGGAACAAAAAGAAAACACAAUGCAAGAAUGGUAUUGUAAAAUUUUGGAGUCAACAGCAAUUUGUCAAUGUGACACAAAAAAAUUAAAAGAUGAAAAAAAAAUUGACGUAAGAUACUUGAGUUAAUCCACAGGAAGAAGGAUUGAGUUUUGCAGUUGAUUUUCUCUUUAUAGACACCAACUUCAAGUAUAAUAUAAAUACUAUUAAACAUAAGUAAACUAAAGAAUAAUGAUGAUCACUGGAAUGUGAAAUUUUUAGCAAUUCAAAUCUUGUUGUAAUAAAUGUUAUAUUUACAAUACAAUAUAAAAAAUAU